AUGCCACGCGCGCCCCAGUGCCGAGCCGUGCGCGCGCUCCUGCGCAGCCGCUACCUCGAGGUGCUGCCGCUGACCACGUUCGUGCGGCGCCGGGACCCGGCGGCCUUCCGCGCUCUGGUGGCCCAGUGCCUAGUGUGCGUGCCCUGGGACGCACAGCCGCCCCUCGCCGCCCUCUCCUUCCGCCAGGUGUCCUCUCUGAAGGAGCUGGUGGCCAGGUUCGUGCAGAGGCUCUGCGAGUGCGGCGCGAAAAACGUGCUGGUCUUCGGCUUCGCGCUGCUGGACGGCGCCCGCGGCGGCCCGCCCUGGGCUUUCACCACCUGCGUGCGCAGCUACCUGCCCAACACGGUGACCGAGACGCGGUGCGGCAGCGGCGCGUGGGGGCUGCUGCUGCACCGCGUAGGCGACGACGUGCUCGUGCACCUGCUGGCGCGCUGCGCGCUCUACCUGCUGGGCCCGAGCUGCGCCUACCAGGUGUGCGGGCAGCCUUUGUACGAGCUCGGCACCGUAGCCGAGACCCGGCCCCCUGCACCGCGCGCGUGGGAUCCAGACGGGCCCCGCGUCCACGCGACGGGGCAUCUGAGGGAGUGGACUGCAAGCGGGAGCCCGGCGCCUCCGGGCAUCUUCCUGGGCUGGACGCCGAGGUCCGGGGGUAGCCUCAGGCUGCGCUGGCUGUCCCCGCGCUACUGGAGGAUGCGGACCCUGUUCCAAAAGCUGCUUGCGAACCACGCAUGGUGCCCAUACGGCGCGCUCUUCCUGAUGCUGCGUGGGCCGGCUACGCAGGUGUGGUCCCCGAGGCCGGCCGCCGACCCCCGGAAGGACGCGGGCUCCUGGCGCCUGGUGCGGUUCCUGCAGCAGCACAGGUGGCAGGUGCACGCAUACCUGCGGGCGUACGCUGCCUGGUUCCCUGGCCUCUGGGGCUCCAGGCACAAGGAGCGCUGCUUCCUGAGGAACACGAAGUUCAUCUCGCUGGGGAAGCACUCCAAGCUCUUGCUGCAGGAGCUGACCUGGAAGGUGAGGGUGCGGAGCCCAGGUGAGUGGGCGUCGGCCAAUGCCAAGCCAGGAGGUGAGGGGGUGGGCGUGGCAACAUCCCGGGCCAUGGAGCAUCGACUGAGGGAGGGGAUCCUGGCCAGGUUCCUGUUGUGGCUGCUGGACGCCUGCAUGGUGGGGCUGCUCAGGUCCUUCUUCUAUGUUGAGGAGACCACGUUCCAGAAGAACCGGCUCCUCUUCUACUGCAGGAGCAUCUGGAGCAGGCUGCAAAGUGUGGGCCUCAGGCAGUGCCUGGAGCGGGUGCAGCUGUGGGAGCUGUCGGACACAGAGGUCCAGCAGCAGGCCAGGUUGGCCCUGACCUCAGCCAGACUGCACUUCAUCCCCAAGCCCAGAGGCCUGCAGCCCAUCGUGAACACAGACUCCAUGGUGAGAGCCAGAACAUUCUGCAGGGAGAAGGCCCAGCCCUGGACCUCAUGCAUCCAGACACUGUUCAGCAUGCUCAACUAUGAGCAGGCGCAGUGGCCCGGCCUGCUGGGUGCCUCUGUGCUGGGCUCCACCAGGAGUCCCUGGAGACCGCAGCUGACCCAGCCCUGA